AUUUUGAUUUAGCAGCCGACAUCUAAGUUUUGAGACUUAGUAAUUAUUCAUAUUUUCGAUAAUUACGCUGAUAUUCCGAAAAAAGAUGGAAAAUUCGGCUAAAAUAAUACACGAUAGAUUUCUUAUAGUUACCGAAUUGGACUCAUCUACUUUGACAUCACUAAAAUAUUACUUAGUGAGGUCUAUAGGAACAAAUAAAUAUUUUGCCCUUAAGACUUUAACCUUAUCUGCUGAUGAUUGUUCAAGCAAAGAUGAAAAUGGAGGCAAGCAACUCAUAUAUACGGAGCACCAAAUACUUUCAAUGUUAAGCGAUGUUCAAGGUGUUUCACACGAAUACGGUAUUGUUCGAGAGGAUAAGGUUAUCAAGGGAAAAAAUUACAAAAUUAUUAGCCUGGUUUUGGAUCCUUUUACGUAUUAUUACGAGAUGCCUCAUAAAGAUGGCCUCGGUGUUUUCAUCAAUAUGCAGCACUACAUCUUAGGAAAGAGAACAUUACCGCAACAGGAAGCUCUCUUCCUUUUUCGAGAACUUUGCUUAAUUGUUCAACAGCUUCACAAUAAGAAUAUCAUUCACCGAGACCUGAAGUUGGGAAAUAUUUUAUAUUAUAAAAAGCAAAACAAGGUUAUUUUAAUACACUUUUGCUUGAGUAAAGCAUUGACAUCGUCAGAUGAAGAAUUGAACGACCAGAAGGGAAGUCCCGUCUAUAUGAGUCCUGAAUCUCUAAGCGGUAAACCUUAUUGCGGGAAAAAGAGUGAAAUAUGGUCGUUAGGCGUAAUACUUUAUACACUACUCUUUGGCCAAUUUCCAUUUAUGGAUGAGAAUCCUCAAGAUUUAUUUCGAAAAAUUAAACAUGUAGCAUUUGAGCCUCCAAACAAACCUUCAGUUUCAACUGAAACUAUUAAUAUUCUUAAAGGCAUCUUUAAAAAAGACCCAAAACAAAGAUCUAAAAUUCGGGAUAUACUCAGAGAUAUUUCAAAAGCACUAGAUAAAUUAUCGUAAUUUUACUAUUAAUUAAUUUUUUGACUUUAUGGCUACUUGUAUCAUGAAUAUUAAUUAAUUUUCUUUUACAGAGAGAAAAAAUCAGUGGAAGAUGAUGAAUAUUCAAGUGUGGUACCAAAUGAUUCAAAUUAUUCGAAAUCUAAAAAAAUUGAUGGUAUUAUCGAACCUAAAACCUUAGAGACAACUGUCGGAAGUCCAAUGGUAACUUUACCAAGGAGAAUAGAAACUUGUCGCUAUCCAUUUUCAGUUAAUUAUGCAACGUUCAAUGAUAACGAAAGUGUUGAAACAAAUACUUUUGAAAAACAAUUAAAAAUUGGUGAAAUCUUAAUCGAUGACUUUUCAAAAUAUUUUGAUUCAAGUUAAAGAUAUUUUAGCGUUCAUCUCUUUUUUCAUAUCAAACCUGCAGAAUUACAAUUUUUCUUAAUUAUUUAUACUGUUCAGUUA